AUGUCGAUUCCUGCUAGGGAGACCUACCGCGGCCCUGCUAGUCGCGGGGGUGGAUCAGGCCAUGCAGCACCUGGAUCUGCACAUCAACAUUCGCGGGGCAACAGUGCCAGUUCCAUCUCAGCAAUGCUGGGCCAGGCAGGACAGGCGCUGGGGGCCAUUGCUGCCCCGUCUCCUGCCCGUGCCCCUGCACACCCCGACCACAUGCACCUGCGUUCCACUGUCAGCGGCAGCAGCAGUCCAACUUCUCCCUCAUUCGGAAGCACCAGCAGCCCUGGCGCCAUUGGGCAUUAUCCACAACAUCUUCCCGCUCGCUUCCAUCCUGCCUUACCUCCACCAACCACCACCGACACCGACACCGACACCGACACCUCUUUGCAUCGGCCGCCACCCUUCCAAUCCUCUGCCGCUGGUGUUCCCGGCACUGGCACCGGCACUGGCAUUGGUUUUGGAUCAAAGCAGAGAGCUGUGUCUGCAGCAGCAUCCACCUCUACGAGCCGUUAUCACCAUCCUCCUCCUCCUUCUGCUCCUGUUCCUGCAUCUGCUCGCCCUCGCCCUCGCGAGAUCGACACCCCAGCCGCAUCGUCUUCUCCCAACGUGCUGGCGGCCCAAUCUUCGCGUCCUCCAGCCUCAUACACCCAGCCAGCGCAAUAUCCCCCCGCCCGCAAACCACUCCCACAGCAUUCUCGCGCGUUGGCCCCUGCUGAUGCUCUCACUCCGGCACUGAGCCCACCGUCGACAUCCAACUCAGGCUCAGGCUCAAGCUCAGGCUUCGGCUCGCGUCCUAGUCCAAUCGCUCGAUCGAUGUUCGGCCUCCCUUCUAUACCAACGUCCAACGACGACUUUGCUUCUUCUAUACCUCACCUCAAUCCAUCUCCGGACUCGACGCCCGCGCCAGCCUCCACCACCACCACUUCGUCCUCUACCCCGGCUACGACAAGCAAAGAUACAAUGAGCCAGCAGCAGCAACAGCAGCAAUAUGCUGCUUCUGCCAGGCGGACAGGUGGAUAUGAAGAGCAGCAUCACAUGUCAGGCCCCGGUCCUAGUCAAUAUCAGCACGGCCAACUCUCCCCCCGCGAAUAUUCGACGCCAAGCGCCGGCCCUCAGAUCAAGCUGGACCAAACUCCCAGCAAUCCGCCCUCAUACCAGGGCACACCCGCCGUUCCGAGCGUGCUACAGCCAGGCGGUCCUAUCGGUAGGCCACCAGCAAUCGGUUCCAACACGGCUCCUACUCUGCCCACGAUGCAAGGCGCCAUGCCGCAGCAGCAGCAAGACUAUCAGACCCCCUCCAAGCCUUCUUUGAACCUGGCUCACAGCUACUCCCGGUCCAGCCCUGCCGCAGGCUACGACGGACAAAAUCCUGGCUACUCGCCCUACACCCCGACAACGCCAGGAGGAUCGGCUGCCAACUCCCAAUUCAUGUCCCCGACCGACCGAGGCUACAAUGCGCCGGGUUCGCAGAGGAACAUGUCACACACCCCGCUUGGCCUGGCUGACAUCAGACCGCGCGCCGAUUCGACCUUGUCCGACGGCCUGCCCAGUGGUGUUGACUUUACGAUGCAAAACUCGACCCCCGGGACCAGCAACUAUAUGGCGCCUUGGGCAACCUACGCCUUUGACUGGUGUAAAUGGGCGCCUCAGGGCAACGGUGCUGGCAAGGUUGCUAUCGGAAGUUACCUGGAGGAUGGUCACAAUUUUAUUCAAAUUCUUGAUACCCAAAUCGUUCCGACACCCUCUGAUGUCUAUAACAACCAUGGCGGCUCGAAAUGGACUAUGGACUUCACGAGGGUCGCCGAAGCCACGCAUUCCUACCCGGUCACCCGCCUCCUGUGGGAGCCCCCAUCCUCAACGAAACAGUCGACGGACCUUCUCGCCACAUCGGGAGAUCACCUGAGACUAUGGUCUCUUCCCUCUGAUACUCCCUCGAACCCUGGCAACUCGAUAACGGGCCGCAGCCGGGAUGUCGCGGCCACGAAACUUACACCACUCGCGCUGCUGUCCAACUCCAAGACUCCAGACCACACUGCGCCGCUGACCUCUCUUGACUGGAACACAGUCUCUCCCAGUCUAAUCAUCACUUCUAGCAUCGAUACGACAUGUACAAUCUGGGACAUACCAUCUUUGACGGCCAAGACCCAACUCAUCGCGCACGAUAAAGAAGUGUACGACGUGCGGUUUUGCGCAAACAGUGUUGACGUGUUCGUCAGUUGUGGCCAGGAUGGUAGUGUGCGCAUGUUCGACCUGAGGAGCCUGGAGCACAGCACCAUCAUUUACGAGCCUACUGGCAAGGAGGACAGAGAUGCAAACGGCGGCAAGAUGAGCCCUACACUUGCCCAACAGACAAUGUCGAACCCUCCUCCUCUCUUGCGAAUUGCCACUUCCCCGCACGAUACGCAGCUACUCGCGACGUUUGCGCAAGACUCCAAUGUUAUCCGCAUUCUUGAUACACGACAACCAGGCCAGGCCCUGCUUGAGCUGCGCGGCCAUGGAGGCGCCGUCAACUGUAUAGACUGGUCGCCGACACGCCGAGGCCAACUUGCGUCGGGAGGUGACGACUGUCAGGUUCUGUUGUGGGAUUUGAUGAGCCAGCAACAGUCCAACGGUGCGCCCCAGUCUGAUAGCAUCCGCAGCCCAGCCGCUAGCUGGCAAUGCGACUAUGAGGUGGGCAACCUUGGAUGGGUGCCUCGUGUGCCCAGUGAUGAGGCUGGGGAGUGGCUCGGAGUCAGUGCAGGCCGUGGUAUCUGGGGUGUGAGGAUGUAA